UCAUGUGACUCCCUCAAACCAUAAAAAAAAAUGGUUACCAAAUUCUGUCUAAACACUUUGUUAAUUUUACUGAUAUCAAGCUUUCUAACUGUUGUCAGUGUAAGAUAUGAACCAGAUUGGAAGUCUUUAGAUUCAAGACCACUACCAAGUUGGUAUGACGAAGCAAAAAUUGGUAUCUUUAUUCACUGGGGAGUGUUUUCCGUUCCAUCAUUUGGAAGCGAAUGGUUCUGGUAUAGAUGGAAAACUUCUAAAGAACCAGGAAUAGUUGACUUCAUGAAAAGAAAUUAUAGACCAGGCUUUACAUAUGCUGAUUUUGCUCCUAAGUUUACAACUGAAUUUUACAAUGCUGAUGAAUGGGCAAAUAUAUUUAAGGCAUCUGGUGCAAGAUAUAUUGUAUUGGUAACCAAGCAUCAUGAAGGUUUUACAAAUUGGCCAUCCAAUUAUUCCUGGAAUUGGAAUUCUAUGAGUGUUGGUCCAAAGAGAGAUCUUGUUGGUGAACUAGCCACAGCUAUAAAGAGUAAAACAGAUUUACAUUUAGGACUGUACCAUUCUUUACUGGAAUGGUUUAAUCCACUGUAUAUGGCAGAUAAAGCCAGUGGAUUUAAAACUCAGGGUUUUGUGAAAAGUAAAACAAUGCCAGAACUAUAUGAGUUAGUGAAUACUUACAAACCUGACGUGAUAUGGUCUGAUGGUGACUGGGAAACAACUGAUGUUUACUGGAAUGCCACACAGUUCUUAGCCUGGCUUUAUAAUGAUAGCCCUGUGAAGGAUACAGUAUGUGUGAAUGAUAGAUGGGGUAAAAACAUCAGAUGUAAACAUGGAGGAUUUCUGAACUGUAAUGAUAAAUAUAACCCAGGAAAGUUACAAAAGAAGAAAUGGGAGAAUGCUAUGACAAUUGACAGAUAUUCCUGGGGAUACAGACGUAAUGCGCGGCUAGCUGAUUUUCUAACCUUACAUGACCUUUUAUCUGAAAUUGUUUCCACUGUUAGUUGUGGCGGAAAUAUUCUAAUAAAUAUUGGUCCAACUCAUGAUGGUAUGAUAGUGCCCAUAUUUCAAGAAAGACUACGACAGCUUGGUGAUUGGUUAAAUGUGAAUGGAGAAGCUAUAUAUGGAUCUAAACCAUGGACUCAUCAGAAUGAUACAGUUACUAAAAACAUAUGGUAUACUUCACAGAAAUCCAGUGUUAGUUUAGAUGUGUAUGCAAUUCUACUUUCCUGGCCUGAAGGGAAGGUGUUGACCUUAGGGGCACCAGUACCAUCAUCUACAACUGUAGUCACAAUGCUGGGAUACAGUACAAAGUUAGAUUGGAAGCCUGGUACCAAAGGAGGCAUUGACAUUAGUAUACCAGUCAUUCCAUCUAAUCAGCUACCUUGUACUGAUGCAUGGGUGUUAAAGAUCGAAGGUCUCAAGAAUUAGACUGCAAAAAUAUUGUUAUUCAUAGUUUUUCAGAUGUUUCUUUUUCUUCAAGAAAACUCCAUACUAGAUAAGGAUGAACAUAUUUGUCCACGAAUCUCUGUCUGUAAAUUUAGAUCUUGUUUUUUAUAAUUUUACAUAUUUUUUAGAUUUUGUAAUUCAGAAUUUACUUUUCUGGAUAGUUUUCUGUCACUAUCAAGGAUAACAAUAUUAUGAAUCUUUGUAACUUCCAAAAUUUGUAACCAUUAGGACAAAUUUGGGAAUUUAGAAUUGCCGACAGGGGAAAGCAUCUUAAAUUUAAAGAAACAUUUAAAGAAAUAUACAAUUAUUGACAAAUCUUCAAAGAAGCUUUGAAUUUGCCAGGGGGGAAAACUUUUGCACAAAAUGUGCUCAAUUCAAGGGAAGUUAAUUAAACUGGGUAUAACUUCAAAUUUACACUAUGUUUAUAAAUAACAAGAAAACAGGAAUCAGUAACCUUUAUUUUCUUUGUAUUCCCUGAAAGCAAUAGCUCCAAAUAAUGUCCCAAAAACAAGUUAUCAAAUUCUCUUUGAAUGAAUCAGAAUCAUUUUUUACUAUUGUCAAUAUAUAGAUGUAAAUUUUAAACCACUCACUUCUUGAAAAUUAGUUUAGUCUUGCAGGAAAAUUUUAUAACUAUAUGUUUUCUAUUAAUAUUAGCCUCUAUACUCCUUUACAUUUUCAUUCCUAUAUUUAAGGAUGUAUUCUUCUGACGUUUCAGUUUCGUUGAAAUCUCGUUCUGGAAUUAUUUCCAAAACAUGUGAUACAAGUGGAAAAUAUCAAUAUAAUUAAACUUAAUUCUGUGAAAAAAUUGUGUAUUUACAAUAAGUAGUUUUUGAGUAAACAAUUUUUCAAAUUUUACGACCAAUCAAGUCAGUCUUUUUAGCCAAAAUUUUGAGAAAAUGGGUGAGGGGUACAAAAAAUGAUUUUCUCGGAAUCAUGUACAUCCCAUAUCAUUUUUUCUUUUCAAAUUUCUUAGAUAUGUAUUUUUUCAAUCAUUUAUAACAAAAAAGUUGAAAUAAUAUGCAUUUUGUUCUUAAAACUGAGAAAAAUCACAAAUUUACAAAAUUGACAGCAUGGUAAAUUUGACACAAAAAAGCAUCAAAAUAUGAUAAACUUUCUUAUAUUAGCACCUACCUAUAGUGAUUUUUAGCUAAAUUUAUUCAGAUUGGUCAACUUCAUCUUUAUUGAAAGUAUGAAAAAAAAGUUUAAUUGUGGAACUGCGAUUUUUUUUCACGAUAAAGCCCAAAAAUAGGUAAAAAUUGAUGAAAAUGGGAAAAUCAUUAAAAUUGGGUUCUUUCAAAGGGCCGUAGCAAGAAAAGAAGUGCACCACCAUAAGAUUUUUUCUUCACCAAUUAUUUUUUUACAGUCAUAUAAACCCAAAAAUCAGGUUAAGAAAAAAAGUUUAAUUCUAGAAAUUUUUGGCUCCUCAGAGGUGUACAUCCUUAAUGUAACUUUAAAACAGAGAAAGAUAUCAUUAGUAAUUUUGAACUUGAAUAUCUGUUUAUAAAUGUGACAUUCUUUCUGGAUUAAUUAAAUUUUUAUUUUUUUA